CGUCCUACGUACACAGGCGGCCAGAGAGGCAGGCGAUAGCUAGCCUGACACGCCAGCGUGAAUCCAAGAGAGGAUACGGAGAUACGGACGAAGCGGUAGGGUGCAUCCUCGACAUUGGUUCGAGGGCACAUGAAACGCUCGAGAGCUCCAUCAUCGAUAGCAGCAGCAGCUGCCAGCGACGGCGGCGGCGGCGGUAGAAGCGUCCGUGGUGCCCAAUCGCGGGGUAACUCCGGAAGCAGCUUGACCGGCGGCGAGGAGUCCCAGCAAUCCCUCGAGGUGGACGUCGGCAUGGAAGACGCCAGCCACGUUGGUAGAGGCAGCACUUGCCAGACGUCCGCCAAGCAAUCUCUCCGACGCCGGUCCUCUCGCACCUCUCCUGUUGGCAGCAGCAGCAGCGGCGGAAGCAACAGCAGCUGCAGCGGCGGCGGCGGCGGCGGCGGCGGCAGCGGUAAGAGGCAGAAGACAGCUGUCACCGGGAACAGCAGCGGCGGCGGCCCCCAGAACUGCUGUUCUACGACGACUAAAAGCGGCCCGCGGUCCGCGGCGCGAUCUCCGAGAUCUCCGACGGCGACGGCCAUGGCGAGCGUGGAAGCCAACGGCACCACGUCCUACCCCUCCUCUCCGAAUACGGGAGCGGCAGGCAGGGGGGGGGCGGGGGGUCCGAAGAAUCGCAGGGGAGGAGGGGGAGGUGCGAAAGCCUCGGAGAAGGGGGGGGGCCGGGGUGGUGACGAGGGAGGGGGGCGUGGUGGUGGANGGGGGAGGUGCGAAAGCCUGGGAGAAGGGGGGGGGCCGGGGUGGUGA